CAGCAAGGAUCGUCCCUCCAGGAGUUGAACUGCAUUGCUGCGGUCAGAGCCAAGACCAUGUCUGUGAAGAGGGGCAGCUGCCGGCUGACCAGGCUGGAGGCCACCCUGGCGGUCCUCUUCAUCAUCAUGACCGGAGUGUCCGUGGGUUUGAUCGCCGUCAUGGCAACGGGCUGGAACGACCGAUCAAAGGAUCCAGAGGUGACAGUCCCCCCCAGCGCCCCGCCCCAGGAGAGCCCCUACCUGAUUGGGGUGGGAAGGGCAGACUGCACUGGCCCCCCCGCUGACAUCCCCCUGAUGGGCUAUGCCACUCUUGACCAGACAGCGGGGGGCAUCCACACCCGCCUGUACAGCAGAGCCUUCAUCGUUGACGACGGGAGGAAGAGGGUGGUCUUCAUCACGGCAGACAUCGGCAUGGUGUCCCAGAGGCUGAGGCUGGAGGUGCUGAACGAGCUAAAGGUCAAGUACGGCAGCCUGUACAGACAGGACAACGUGGUGAUGAGCGGGACACACACACACUCUGGCCUGGCUGGAUACUUCCAGUACACGCUCUUCAUGAUCACCAGCAAAGGAUACAUCAAACCUUCAGCUCAGGCCAUCGUCAACGGGAUUGUCAAGAGUGUGGACAUAGCUCACAGGAACAUGAAGCCAGGGCGGCUCUUCAUGAAUAAAGGAGAACUGGAGGAGAACAGUCGCAACAGGAGCCCACACUCCUACCUCAACAACCCAGAGGAGGAGAGGGGCAGGUACACCACCAAUACAGACAAGCAGGUGGUGGUCCUGAAGUUCACAGAUCUGGAUGGUGACGGGAUGGGCAUGAUCAGCUGGUUCGCUGUCCACGGUGUCAGUAUGAACAUGACCAAUCGCAUGGUGAGCAGUGACAACAUGGGAUAUGCCUCCUACAUCAUGGAGCAGGAUAAGAACAUCGGUUCUCUACCUGGAGAGGGACCAUUUGUGGCAGGGUUCUCCUCUAGUAACCUUGGCGACGUGUCUCCAAACAUCAGAGGGCCAAUCUGUGUGAACACUGGAGAGGCAUGUGACUACCUCAACAGCUCCUGUCCUGUUGGAGGGACUAAGGUGUGUUUAUCAGCGGGACCUGGAGGAGACAUGUUUGAAAGCACCCGGAUCAUAGGAGAGAACAUCUACAAAAAGGCCAAGGACCUCUACAGUAAGGCAGAUCAGGAGCUGCGAGGCUUCAUCCAUGCUGCCCACCAGUGGGUCAACAUGACGGACGUCACUGUCCAGAUCAACGCCACACACACGGCCAGGACCUGCAAGCCCGCCCUGGGACACAGCUUUGCUGCAGGAACCACCGACGGGGGAGGAGACCUCAACUUCACCCAGGGAGCUGUAGAGGGAGACCCGUUUUGGGACGGGAUCAGAGAUUCUUUGCUCGGGCCUCCCUCCAAUGAAACACAAGACUGCCACUGGCCCAAACCCAUCCUGUUCAACACAGGGGAGAUGAACUGGCCCCUCCCUUGGCACCCUCAGAUCGUUGAUGUCCAGAUGAUCACCAUCGGACCGCUGGCCGUUGUCGCCAUACCAGGGGAGAUGACCACCAUGUCAGGCAGACGGAUACGAGAGGCCGUGAAACAGGAGCUGCAGUCGCAGGGGUCGUUCAAGGACGCAGAGGUGGUCCUAGCUGGCCUCAGCAACAUCUACACCCACUACAUCACCACCUACGAAGAGUACCAGAUUCAGCGCUACGAGGGAGCAUCCACCAUCUUCGGCCCUCACACACUGUCGGCCUACGUGCAGAAGUUCAGAGGACUGGCCAGAGCCAUCGCAGAGGGCAUAGAGGAGAACCUCCCUGUUGGUCCCGAACCCCCGUUGUUCACAGGCAGUCCGCUGUUCAACCUGCUUCCUGCUGCAGGCGUGGACAGGAAGCCCGUCAACACCUCGUUCGGAGAGGUCCUGGAGCAGGUGAACCCCUUCUACACACUGGGCGACAUUGUCUCUGUCACAUUUGUAGCUGGAAACCCUCGACACUCAGGAGACAUCAGAGACAAGACCUUCAUCACUGUUGAGAAGUUCCACAACAAAACUUCCAGUUGGGAAGUAGUUCACACAGAUGCAUCUUGGGAAACAAGGUUCUACUGGUUGAAGGGAGCCGACCAGCAUAGCAACACCACGGUGGAGUGGCACAUCCCUCGCUCUGCUCAGACAGGCUCCUACAGGAUCCGCCAUUUUGGACACUUCAAGGAGAGGAAGGGAUUCAUAACGACCAUCACUCCUUAUGAGGGAACCUCUGACAUUUUCAGGAUCUCCCAAAAGACUUGGUGGUAUGUCUGACCCCAGAUCAGUCAAUGACUAUUACUGUUGGAAUGGUUCAGUCGUAGACGGUUUUACUGUCACACGAGAAGUUGCAGGUUCAAAUUCCCCCUGCAUGUCACUUUGGAUUGAAACAUAAAAAAACAUUAUUUGUGACAUUUUUACAAUACCUUAAUAUGACGGAUCUCAGAGCAGCGAAUGACUAUGAAUUCUGAAUGAACCAGUUUGUUCUGCUGUCUGAGAUGUGUUGAAACGGGAUGGUGUCAGGUUGAUUAAUGUUUGAAUAUGAUUGAACUUAAACAAUGACAUUUGACCUGACUGUAAGUGUUUUCCAAUGAGGUUGUAUAUAUGACAAAUACGUUUGAUUACAAUGAAGAUGUAAUAAACAGAAGCCAAGUUUUGAAA